UGCUUUAAUGUCCAACUUGGACUGUGUAUUGUCGGAUGCCCAAAGAAAAAGCAUAUAUAUCCAGUGCUUGCUCCUAUGGAUUUUGCAGAGAUGUGAAAAUGUAAAAAGAACAACGAGAUAUCGACUCAAUGGAUUAACGAUCCUUCAGCACUCUACGUACUAAAUUGUGAUCCCAAUAGAUUAAGAAUAAAGAAGCUUGUCAUGUCAUGGGAGAGCAUUGAUUCUAAGGAUCUGCUUAGCAUCCCACCUAGCCAGAAUCUGUCUGCAACACACUUACUUACAUCACCUGAUGGCUCGCGUUACCUAUUGGAAAAUUCAAACGAUUUGUGUCAAUUAGAUGAGAGUUUUUCCCGACUGGCGGGAUAUGGGUCCAGUCCUGAUGUAGGAUCCCGUUCCCUCUGGGCUGGCCAGGGGGUAUUGCGAUCAGGUUCGGUGAUCAGUUGCUUUUUGUCCUGCCAACAAAGUCUCAAGCAGUACAUAGCUAAAAGAAAGAUCGAGCGUGGACGACGUCUAUAUGAGCAAAACAACCAAACAGAGGCAGUACGCACAUGGCGUAGUGCACUAAAAGGAACCUGCCAACCAGAGGACUGCUUCCAGCUACUGGGAUACUUGUACCAGGCCCACAUGGACUGGGGAAAAUUUCGUGAAGCUAUAGAAUUUGGUCAUCAGCAGCUUGGAAUUUCAGAGGAGCUGGAUUCACCAAAUAUGCGCGCUGAGACGUACCUAAACCUCAGCAGAGCUCACGCUUGUUUGGGCGGCUUGGAGCGAUCGCUAAGUUAUGCUAGGCACUCACUUUACAAUGAGUGCGGCACUAAGUGCCGAAGUGGCCUUGUCCAUUUGACGGUUGCACGAGUAUAUUUGGAAAUGGGUGGAUUCUCUAGAGCUCUGGAAGGAUUGCAGGGUGCCUACAAGAUAGCCACAGCUAUUGGAGAUCCAUCGCUUGAGUUACAAGUGUAUGUCGCGCUGUCUGAGCUUUUUGGACGGCUUCAGGAUAACGACAAAAGCGCAACGUACGCUUCUAAGGCCUACGAUUUAUCACGUUCCCUACAACUAGGUGACCUGAACUCAUGCCACCAUAGAGCCGCGUUAUUGCGAAUGGCUGUUUCUCUGCGAAAGCAGGGCGAGCUCGGAGAUGCACAAGAUUAUUGUAAGGAGGCCACAAAGCUAUCUCUUAUAUCUGGAGAUCAGGCCACUUACACGCGAAGUAUUCGCGUUAUGGGUGACAUUUACCGGAAGAAAAUGGAUAUGGAUCGCGCAUUCCGGCAAUACGAACAGGCGAUGGGUACGUCAGCAAGUUUGGGGGAUCGUAUGGCUCAAAUGGAAGCUAUGGACGGAGCUGCCCGUUGCCUGGAAACCUUGCGUCUUCAAAACAAAAUCUGCAACUGUAGACCGCUGGAGUUCAACACUCGGCUUCUGGAGGUUGCUAGCUCAAUUGGUGCCAAGUUUCUGGUUCGAAAGAUUCGUUGCCGCCUGGCACUUAUCUAUCGCGCACUAGGCGACGAGGAUCAGUACAACACCCAUUUUCGUUUGGCAAAUCAAACGGAUGCUGCGCUAGGCUUGAAUUGCGGCGCGUGUGGCGAGUUGUUCGGCCUUCGGCCAGAAAACUUGGAAGCUCUGCCAUGCGCACACAUUCUUCAUGCAAGGUGUGCCUACGAAAUAUUACGUCGUCGGGAUAAAAAUACAGCGGGGCGAUCAUGCCCCGCCUGCAACAAGCUGGUGAGCUCACGCACUCAUCUUUGCGGCAGCGUACCGGUUGAGAGUGAAAGCACUGACGGAGGCAGCGCCGUCACGGUUACCCUCAAUGCUAAUGCUCUGUCGGUCGAUGGUCUCCUGGGGAUAACCUCCGACAUCCUCCUACCUUCCGCCGCGUUUUCCCACGCCAACAAACCAACACUGGACACCGAAAAUAGCGCUUUGUUGUCCCCCAAAGUCAUGUACCACAGCAACUUAUCCUUGGCUUCGUUAAGUAUGCGCGCAUCUAGCCUGACGAUCGACAGCGGUCAAAAUGUGACAUCAUCUGUGUGAAAUGAAUUCUAGGACUUAUUUUAAAGAAUGCAUUGUAUAGGGUUGCAUUGAAGAGAAGGAACAGGCCGAUUUUGACCACGACGAAAUUGGGACACGAUGUCAAAAUGCAAAAUGCAAUAUCAGGAUCGUGAUUUUAUCGCUCGUUAUUAUAGAUAGAUAGUUUUUCUUUUCGUAAUAUAGAUAAUGGCAUUUUAAAUGCACACAAAAGUUAACAGUCAUUUUAGUUACUAACAAUCUAGGCCCAUUGUAAACCACUGAAACAGCAAGCAUUUUACCUACUGCUUACGCUUGAGUCCUAACUUAUUUCUCAACUAAAGUACCUUACCAAGCUAAUACUCGUCAACGUCUAGUGUAUUGUUCAAGUUUUAAGAUUUAAAAAAAUUGCAGGUACAUAUUAGAUUGUUCUUAUAUAUGUGUAUGUAUGUGCAAACAAAAAACAUAUAUAGGCUAAAAAUCGUUACUAUGUGUUACUGACACAUAUUGUUAAAAUGCUGGAGCUCCCACUAAUAAAGAAAUCAAAUCUGGUCAAUAUGUA